GCUGGAACCUCUAGUGUUGAAGUAUUGCGCUUUACGUCUCGGCGGCCUAACGUGCUGGUCGAACAGGGGCACCCAUUUGUGUUAUACAUGUAAUCUAUUUCACUAAAACAACAUAAUGGAGGAAAUUCCGGGUGGUGUAAAUGAAAUGGCUUAUCAAAUGCAAAAGUUCUCAUGGGUUGAUUACGUUGUGUUUGUGUUUAUGUUAGCUAUAAGUGCUGUUGUGGGUAUUUAUUGGGGUUUUUUAAAGGAUCAGUCGUCGCAAAAUGAUUACCUUCUGGGAGGAAGGAAUAUGAAGGUAAUUCCUGUAUCGAUGUCCCUUGUGGCGAGUUUUGUUUCAGGAAUCACACUCCUCGGUUCCCCGACUGAAGUAUACAUGUAUGGGACGCAAUAUGCUUUCAUUAUGAUUGGCAUAUUUUUAAUGUCGAUAGUUGUGACUCAAGUAUACUUGCCUGUUUUCCACGAACUUAAAAUCACCUCUAAUUACGAAUACUUGUCCCUGAGAUUUGACAAUAGAGUUCGACUGUUUGGUUCCAUACUUUUCGCAUUUACAUUGGUAGGCUGGUUGCCAAUUGUUAUUUAUGUUCCUGCAUUAGCUUUUAACCAAGUGACGGGUGUGGACGUCCAUGUUAUAACACCAAUAGUUUGUUUGGUUUGCAUAUUUUACACGAGUGCAGGUGGUCUACAAGCUGUGGUGUGGACUGAUGUGAUACAGAUAACGGCAAUGUUUGGCGCUAUGGCCCUGGUAGCGAUAAAAGGAACGUUAGAUGUAGGUGGCGUUGGCGUCGUGUGGCAGCGGAAUUUAGACAGCCAGCGGAUCGAGUACCCUAAUUGGGAUCCUAAUCCUACAGCGCGACACACAAUAUGGAAUCUUGUAAUCGGAGGUCUUGUUUAUUGGCUACAAGCAAAUGCUGUGAAUCAAACGAUGGUUCAACGGUACUUAGCACUGCCAACAUUACGAGGUGCCAAAUGGUCAGUUUUUCUGUUUUGUAUUGGCAUAUCAAUUUUGUAUUGUUUUUGCCUUUACUGUGGGCUGUUAAUUUAUGCUCGCUUCCAUGAUUGUGAUCCUUUACAGACUAAGUUAGCGAAAGCAAAAGAUCAACUCCUGCCUCUGUUGGUCAUGGACGUGUUAGGGGAUAUUCCAGGCCUUCCUGGUGUGUUUGUAGCCGGUAUAUUUAGUGCCGCUUUAAGUUCCUUAUCGACAAGCUUAAACUCAAUGUCGGCAGUUGUGUUAGAAGAUUUCUAUAAGCCUUUCUUUAAGAGACAAUUAUCUGAACGACAAACUAAUUGGCUACUUAAAGGCGUUGUAAUUCUUUUAGGAUGCGUGUGUCUUGCGUUGGUUUUUAUCGUUGAAAAAAUGGGAACGAUUCUACAGCUCACGAUGACUUUGGAGGCGAUGACGAUGGGUCCCCAACUCGGAGUGUUCACGAUGGGAAUUCUCAUGCCUUGGGUAGACGCCACGGGAGCAUUAAUAGGAGGUAUGUGUGGACUAGUGACAAUGUCAUGGUGGUGUUUAUCAGCACAGCUGGCUAUAGCGAGAGGACAAAUAGUUCAUCCUCACAAACAUCUCUCAACUGUUGGCUGCCAGUACAACUUUACUAUACCACAUACGACGGAACCACCUGUUAUAACUCAAGUAAGUCCAGUACUCCACGUGUCAUACAUGUGGUAUACGCUCGCUGGGGCUCUGGUGGCGAUUUGCGCAGGCCUGGCGGUAUCCCAGGUGAACAGGUGGCUAGGGAAGGUGCACGUGUUGCCCUCCCCUAAUCUUCUCGCACCACAACUCAGAGGGCUAUACAAGGACCCACCGCAUCCCGGAGAUGACUCUUACAUAAGAGCUUAUGAUAGUAAAAAGGUUGAACGUAACAAAAAUUCAACCGCAAUAAAUAUGAUACCAAUAAACGAAAUCGAAGAGAUCGGUUGAAAUUAACAUCGUUUGAUAUUAAACAAUGUUUGUAUUUGUA